AGAUGUGGUGUGUGACCCGAGGAACAACGUGUACCCAUGUACUCUACAUAAGAAUGAUGCAGCACAUCUGGGCUAGCAACAGGUACCAUGCCCGCCUGCCCGGUGUGCUGGCCGGCCGCCCCCACAGUGCCACACCAUCCCUGCCACACUCCACCGCUCCUCACCCUGCCGCCUUAUAACACGGAGAUGGCCAGCAUGUGGAAACAAAUGUGUGAUAUGGCGGGCUUAAUGAGAUUAAGCAUAGGAAGCAACAGGUGUAGCGUUCCUGGUGUUGUACGGAGCCUGCACCUUUCAAUCACACAGACUACCCCAAGCAAAGACCUCAACAAACCCCUGACCUCCAAUGAGAUGGCACGUCCAGGGGGUAUCACUUCCUUCAUGCGGCUCCCCGUUCACACCGACACUCGAGAUUUAGAUGCAUGUUUCGUGGGUGUUCCACUUGAUGUGGGAACAUCGAACAGAAGCGGCACCCGCAUGGGGCCUCGUCAGAUACGCAGCGAGUCAGUUCUCCUGCGGCCCUACAACUCUGCCACAGGAGCAUGCCCUUACGACUUUCUUAAUGUGGCCGAUGUGGGCGAUGUAUGGAUUAACAUGUACAACCUGCCUGAGGCUUGUGUCAACAUCAGGGAGUACUACAUGCAGCUCCUCAGCACUAACUGUAUACCUCUGACCAUAGGUGGCGACCACACCAUAACAUACCCCAUACUCCAAGCCUUCAAGGCCAGGAGAGGCAAGGUAGGAUUGGUUCAUGUGGAUGCUCAUUCUGACGUGAGCGACACCAUGCUGGGAGCCAAGAUCAACCACGGCACACCUUUCAGACGGGCAGUGGAGGAGGAGCUCAUCGACCCCCAUGCCACUGUCCAGAUUGGUCUGCGAGGUACCAGUCAUUCACCUGAACCAAAUGCUUGGCAGUUGAGUCAGGGAUUCCGUGUAGUGACGGCCGAGGAGUGCUGGUACAAGUCUCUCGUGCCGCUCAUGGAAGAAGUGAGAGCGAUGAUGGGCGACAGACCCGUCUACCUCUCCUUUGAUAUUGAUGCCAUUGAUCCUGGCUUCUGUCCUGGCACUGGUACUCCGGAAAUAGGAGGACUGACCCCCAUACAGGCACUGGAAAUCGUGCGGGGAUGUCGUGGCCUCAAUCUGGUAGGAUGUGAUCUAGUGGAGGUUUCUCCUCCAUAUGAUUUUGAGGGAACAACUGCACUCACUGGAGCCAACUUGCUGUUCGAAAUGCUGUGUGCUCUUCCAGGAGUAACUACCAAAAAGUGCUAACCAAAGAAAACAACUGUCAUAGGUCAACACCACUUUACAACUACAUGCCAGGACUUGGAACUCGAAUGAGACUUAAGUGAAGCACGUAAUUCCUUUACCACUCAUGCUUUCAAUAAUAGUCUUGAAACCCUGAAUUGGUAUCUCAUCGUGGAGAGCUGUAUGAUGGCGUCUUCAAUUUUUGGAAUCGGGAGCUUCAUGUUAAUACAUAUGCCCAACAUUAUUCUGCCUGGCAUUCCAGCUGGGUAUGUUACAUCUUGUGAAGCUGCCCAACGAGUGGAACAAUACGUGAAAGAAUGGGCGAGGGAAGGUAAUGAAGAGCAUGGAAAGAGAUAUGUGGUUAUAGAACAACCUGAAGCUUUAGAUGAGGUCACUUCCUAAUAGAGAGAGAGAGAGAGAGAGAUUAAAGCAUUGGUUCUAUAAAUAAAAUAGUGACCACUGAAUUGACUGGUGUUUAAUGCCAAGUCAGCUACAAUACAUUAUGUAUAACAUAAGAUAAUUAUAGCAAUUUAGUCAUUUAUUACUAGCUCACCUGUAUGCGAAGAUCAUGACGGAUGUUACGAAUUUGAUACACAGUGUUGAGUGCCUUCUUUACUAGCGACACCUCUUUCUCAGCAUCACUCACACCUUUUUCAUACAUCAUUUUGAGCUUUGUCUGAAAUACAUUAGAAGUUAAAUUAUUAUUCUAGAUAAGGACAGAUAAUAUAUAAAUAUGCAAUAAGUAA